AGGAAAACUUCAAUCCAAAAAGGCAAAAACUUGAAGCAAAAUCAUUAAUAAUUAAAAGGGGCAGGGGCAGUUUGGCCCAAAAGAAAAGAUAGAACUGAAACUCACGUUCUUCUUUUUGAUUGAUUCUUUCACCCUUUCUGAAUCUUUGUCUUGCAAAAGCAUUAAAAAAAAAAAAGACAAAGCUAUUGAAAAUGCUGUCCUUUUGCGCCUAUACAUAUAUAUAGGCCUGUUUGCAUCAUCUAGUUUUGUUGGUUAGGCCAUGCUUGGUUAUAGUAUAAACCUCGUGAACUGCGCUCAAAAUUUUUUUUCCUCUAUCUUACUGGAUUUUCUCGUAUACUGUAGCAUUUGUCAUUGACACAUUGUCAAUUUGUCAUACUUCCCAGUGGUUCAGCUUUGUUUCCUCUGCUUUCGCAUACUUUACCCCAAUUCGUCACUUGAACCCAGAAAAAAUCCUGUAGAGAUCCCUCCAAAAACCAGUUUUUUAAUUUUCUUUUUCAGAUUCCUUAUAUACAAUUUCCUUUGUAUAAAGUUUUAUGUACAAUUGAUAGAAAGAUCACUUUUUUAUUAGUUUUCUUGCCCAACCAAGAAGAAGCCCCCAGAAGGGCCAGGCUGGUUUGGUCUCUUUUUUGAAUCAUAGUGUUGAGGAGAUUAGUGUGAUUUUUGGGUUAGUUGGGGUUAUUCGUUUUGGUGGUUUUCUGGUUUAUUCAAUAGGGAGCCAUUAAUGGCUUCUCUAACACCCGGGAUACUGCAGAAGCUGUUGCAGAAUGUGGGUAAUAAAGAUGCUAAGGUUGUUGGAGAGCACCGGUCUGCUCUCCUUCAGGUGAUUGGAAUCGUACCUUCGUUGGAUGAUGAUCCAUGGAAAAGUCGAGGCUUUUACCUAAGAGUAUCAGAUUCUCUACAUUCAGCCUAUGUGUCGGUGUUGGCUGAGGAUGUUGAAUUGAUUAUGAGUGACCAGAUUCAACUAGGUCAAUUCAUUCAUGUGACUCGGCUUGAUCCGUGUUCUCCUGUUCCGGUGCUUUGUGGCCUAAAACCUGUGCCAAAGAGGCGGCCAUGUGUUGGAGACCCAAAGGAUUUGAUUUCCAGUGAUGCUUUGACUGCUAGGAAAACCGUGGAGUCCAAAACUGGGAAAAGAUGUGGGGGACUAGAGAAGAAAGUGGAAGUUAAGGAGAAUUUGAAGGAAAAAACUAAAAGACUGAUGGAAAGGGAUGAUGUGAAAUCAAAUUAUGAUUCAAGGAGGCUCUCAUUGAGCAACGGCAAGGUUACAGGUCCAGAUAUUAGGAGAUUGAGCUUGGAUUCAGUGAGAAAAGGAUGGGAUAGAAGCCCUGGAGGCAAUAAUGCUUUUACCCCCGUGUCCAAGUCAAAAUCCAGAGAUAGUCCUUGUGGCAUAGACUCUGUUAUUGAAAACAGAAAACAUUCCUCCAAGGAGAAGACAGUAAAACAACUACUGAUUUCACCACUUAAAUCAAAGAAUGUGAUGGUAUCACCAAAACCGCCAACACCAAGCAAAUGUAUUAGGAAAGAUCUGAGGUCAUCAGAGAAUACAGCUCUUCCAGCACAUCUGAAGAAAGAGGACCCUCGGUUCAGAAAUCAGUCUGAACCAAAGAUCUUACGGAAUUCAGUUCCUGACACAAUUCAUAACCUUGGAAGGGAAGUAAGGGGUUAUAGAAAUGCUUCAUUUUCCUCCGCUGUACAUGCAAUGGAAGAAGCAUCUGCGGCCGAGGGAGUUAUUCGAUGCAUGAGCAAGUUUGCAGAACUCUGCGAAUCAUCUGAAGAAGAUGCUGCAGGACCACUUGUGGAACAAUUUUUGAAUCUUCAUGAUGAGAUGAAGAAUGUGGCCGUGGUGAUUAAAGCUCUUGUCGAGAAAAGGAUUCUUGAGGCUAACAGCAAUACUUCUUGCAGUUCUCAGCAUGGGUUGUCAGACAUGCACUGUAAUUUUGCUGAUAGGAAUGCCUUAGCAUGGGUUCAAGCUGCUGUUGAGACUGAUCUUUCAAAGUUCUCAUUACUCAGAAAGGAACAAAAGAAAGCAGUACGGAAGGGUGAGAAAUGCAUUUACCUUAUGAUUGAAAACUCCCCAAAGAAGAGUGAAACUGAGAAGUCUCCAUCGAAAAUAAAGAAAAGCCCUGGGAACUAUGACAAUCAUAAAGCAGAUUUGAAUUUGAAAAAAUCACCUACAAGUUCUAGAGUGAUUCAUCGUACAACAAAGAGAGUAAAUGUUGAAAGAGAAGAGUGGUUAAAGGGCAAUGGGCUCAAGGAUGCUGCUGAAUUAUCAGAAAAGUUGCUCUCUUACUCUCGUGAAUGGUUUCUUAAUUACAUGGAGAAGUUUUUGGUUAAGGGAAGUGGAAGAAGUACUGAUAGGAGCAACUCUGAAACAGCAAGUCUUCUAGGACACCUUAAGAGGGUUAACAAGUGGUUGGAUGACUCAAUCCAUCAAGAUUGUGGGGUUGACGACCGAUUGGAAGACUUGAAAAAGAAGUUGUACGGGUUUCUAUUAGAUAAUGUUGAUACUGCAAUCCAAGCUAAGAGGUAGCUAUCUUGAUGUCUACUAACUGAACCUUCUCCUGCUCAUAUGAUGCUACAUGGGUUACCCUGUUUAGUUGCCUACAAAUGUCAUCAGGAGGGUGUAAUUGUAUUGAUCAUGUACAGAUGAUCCUGGUUUAACAUCUGAUUUAAGAUGAGAGAAUUGUGGAGGCUAUGAUGCUCAAUCUCAUGGUGUUUUAUUUUAUUUCUUUUAUUUUUAUUUUUUUUUUCUUUUAGGUGAUUCACAGCUUCUUGUUUCAGUAAUCAUAUGUCCAGACCAUUUUAUAGGCAUAUAAAGGAGAAACAACAGAAAAAUGAUCUAAAGUCACUUGUACUAAAUAGGCA